UUUCAGCGUACUUUUGCAGGCCCCAAAAGCAGCGAUUCUUGUGCAAAUUUAAUAGAGUCCGGUAGCGGUGGCGGCCCAAAACCAAUCGCAGAGUGAAGUGCGUGAAAAGAGUGCCGAGCAAAAGUAAAUGCGCAGCAGCGAUUCCAGGGGUCAGCUUCGAAACCCAAAAACAACACUUAACCUGCGAACUUUCACACUGUUCAACAUAGCCAACUAAUUUUUGUACAAGAACAAGUAGCCGCAACCAAGUAUUCACAUAUACAUUUAUACAAUCCUGUAUAUUGAAACGGACAACCUACUAUUUAUAACCAACCAACCCGAGAUAAUCGAAGGAUCGACCGUGUAUCCCAAGAACCCCGAUUCCCAGGCCCCCAGGAAGCGGAGUCACCCGAUUAUACAUACACAUAUAUAGAGCGACAAAUCGUAUAUUCCAAAACACUCCAUUAGCGUUUAGUUAGGACAGAUAUAUUUAUACAUAUACAUAUAGAUGUUUAACGAAAUUUUCAAUUAGGCGCCAGAUUAGGAACGAAAAGAAGCAAAGCAAUAAACGACGAACCUCAGCAUACAGAUCUACCAGCCUAGAUGCAGCAUAUAUAGUUUAUAUAAUCCAAAAAACCAGCCAAGUCGAGAGUAAGUCGGAAACGGAGUAGUAGAAAAUCAAAGUAUUCAAAUUUCUAGCCGAGUUCUCUGUUAGCAGCUAGCACCUUUUAGAUCGCCGCAAAGACACCUGUUUAAUUAGCAGAUACAUAAUUAGAUUUUGUACGUAGCUAGGAACAAGAAGAUCAGCAAAUUUUUGAUAUUGACCCCUUCCGAUUGAUGCGGCCAGUUGCAGCAGUCGUUGCAAAUCCGGUCCGAGUGUAGAGCUAGCUUGUGUAGCCUAGUGUAGAUCCCCCGAUCGAAGUCACAGUCCCAGGACAAACGCCAGCCGCCAUGGACGAGUCGCAGCCGAAGACCCUGUACGUGGGCAACCUGGACAGCUCCGUCUCCGAGGACCUGCUCAUCGCCCUCUUCGGCACCAUGGGCCCCGUCAAGAGCUGCAAAAUCAUCCGGGAGCCGGGCAACGAUCCGUACGCCUUCAUCGAAUAUUCCAACUACCAGGCAGCCACCACAGCCCUGACCGCCAUGAACAAACGCCUCUUCCUCGACAAGGAAAUCAAGGUCAACUGGGCCACCAGUCCCGGCAAUCAGCCCAAGACAGACAUCAGCUCGCACCACCACAUAUUCGUGGGCGACCUCAGUCCCGAGAUUGAGACGGAGACGCUGCGCGAGGCGUUCGCCCCCUUCGGCGAGAUCUCCAACUGCCGCAUUGUGCGCGACCCGCACACCAUGAAGUCAAAGGGCUACGCCUUUGUGUCGUUCGUGAAGAAGGCGGAGGCGGAGAACGCCAUCCAGGCGAUGAACGGCCAGUGGAUUGGCUCGCGGUCGAUACGCACCAAUUGGUCCACGCGCAAGCUGCCCCCACCGCGCGAGCCGUCCAAGGGCGGCGGCCAGGGAGGCGGAAUGGGCGGCGGACCGGGAGGCAAUGGGUCCGGCGUCAAGGGCAGUCAGCGUCACACCUUCGAGGAGGUGUACAACCAGUCGAGCCCCACCAACACCACCGUCUACUGCGGCGGCUUCCCGCCGAACGUCAUCAGUGACGACCUGAUGCACAAGCACUUCGUCCAGUUCGGUCCCAUCCAGGACGUGCGGGUCUUCAAGGACAAGGGCUUCUCGUUCAUCAAGUUUGUCACCAAGGAGGCAGCUGCCCGCGCCAUCGAGCACACGCACAACAGCGAGGUUCACGGCAACCUGGUCAAGUGCUUCUGGGGCAAGGAGAACGGCGGCGACAACUCGGCCAAUAACCUCAAUGCCGCGGCCGCUGCGGCAGCAGCAUCGGCCAAUGUGGCCGCCGUGGCAGCGGCCAAUGCGGCGGUUGCCGCUGGAGCGGGAAUGCAGGGACAGAUGAUGACGCAGCAACAGAUUGCCGCCGCCACAGGAGCGGCGAUACCCGGCCAAAUGAUGACCCCGCAGCAGAUUGCAGCCGCCACAGCGCAGUAUCCAUAUGCCGCCUAUCAGCAGAUGGGCUACUGGUAUCCCCCAGCGGCCUACCCCACAACCCAGAUGCAGACGCAGUACAUGCAACAGGGCUACUAUCCCUACGCCUACACUACCAGUGCUCAGCAAGCGGGAGGAGUCCCCUGCGUACAAUUUUCAGCUGCUGGAUACCGCAUGGUGCCGCCGAAUGUUGCAUGGGGAGUGCCCGGAACUGUUGUGCCCGGCGUUACGGCCGCCGCAGCUUCUGCGGCCGCAGCAGCGAACGGUUCUCUUGCCCCCCAGAUGAUGUACAGUGCUGCGAUGCCACAAUACCAGACCCAAUGAGCUGAGAUGUGACGCCAGCUUCGACGCCGUUUGCAGCAUCCGGGAAGUCGCCCCCAGCCGCAGCCACAACAACCACCUCUGCUGCACCAUCUGCCGCAUAUGCCGCAUCUGCAGCAGUUGCAAUCGCAUUACGCACGUUUAGGUUACGUACAAUACCGAGUAGUAGCAAAGUCGGAACCGCUCCUGGCCCUGCCGGUGAGCAGCAGCAGCAGUGGCAGCAAUGCUGCUGGAGAUUAGAAAUGCGCACGAGUGUCUAGUUUGGAGUUGUGGCUACGGUUGCGGCUGACUGCGAUGGGCGGAAGCGGAAUCAGGGGGUGGUAAAUCCCCCCACAAUCGAAGGUCGAGGCGGCGCGUGGAACUCAACUUCAAGUGAACCACGCCGGCGACAACUGAAACAACAUCAACUGAAAAGCUCCGGGCGAUGGGCGGGUAGCUGUAACAAUCUAAUCCAAUCUAAGUACGUGUUAAAAUAAUUUAAUGAUUUGUAAUUUAAGCAGAAAUAGGCGUAUAAACGAAACGGAAACAAAAUAAACCGAAUGAGAAAUUCAACAAAAACAAACAGAACAGAACAGAGAAAAGGCAAUUACGUGCGACAGAGUUUAAACAA